CAGGGGAGGGGGCGGGGGCGCCGCGCACGCGCAGGGCCGGCGGCGCGCGCCGAGCGGGGGGCACCGCGCGGGUGCAGCCACGAUGGAAGGGGGUGCGUACGGAGCGGGCAAAGCCGGGGGCGCCUUCGACCCCCACACCCUGGUCCGGCAGCCGCACACCAUUCUGCGCGUCGUGUCUUGGGUGUUCUCCAUCGUGGUGUUCGGCUCCAUCGUGAACGAGGGCUACCUCAACAGCAACUCGGGGGGCGAGAAGUUCUGCAUCUACAACCGCAACCCCAAUGCCUGCAGCUAUGGUGUGGCCGUGGGCGUGCUCGCCUUCCUCACGUGCCUGCUCUACCUGGCCCUGGACGUGUACUUCCCCCAGAUCAGCAGUGUGAAGGACCGCAAGAAAGCCGUCCUGUCCGACAUUGGGGUCUCAGCCUUCUGGGCCUUCCUCUGGUUCGUGGGCUUCUGCUUCCUGGCCAACCAGUGGCAGGUGUCCAAGCCCAAGGACAACCCGAUGAAUGAAGGGACAGAUGCGGCCCGGGCUGCCAUCACCUUCUCCUUCUUCUCCAUCUUCACGUGGAGCCUGACCGCAGCCCUGGCCGUGCGGAGAUUCAAGGACCUUACCUUCCAGGAGGAAUACAGCACACUGUUUCCCGCCUCGGCACAGCCGUAGGCCUGCCCGGCUUCCAGAGGCAGGGGCGCCCCGUGUCAUGGCCAGUGGCAAGCUUGUGGGGCGUCCUGCUGCUGGGAGUGGCCAGGAUACCAGGGCCCGCGGGGCAGGGGAAGGCCGGCUGCGAGGCCAGUUCAGACCCGCCACUGAAUCACUUGUUGCCUCCUUUAUGUUUCGUUUGUCCAUUCAUUCAGUAAACAUUUAUUGAGCUGUUUUGUGCCUAGUGAUGAAUCAGACGGGGGGCCUGGCCCCAGGAGCCCACAGGCUGGGGAGGGGAAGACAAACAAAUUGCAGUUUCCCCUAACCAGACUGCCAGGGGCUCUGAGAUGGGGGGAGGUGGCUCAUACACGGGCUGCCAGGAUGCUGUGGACGCUGGGAGAGCCUGUCCCUCGCUGCAGCAUGAAGGCUGACCUUACAGUCCCCGUGGAGGCUGGCUGCUCGGGGGGGCAGGCCGAGCACGUCAGAGGACACCUCGCGUGCGUCUGCUCUUAUAUGCUGUAUGACCCUGGGCAAACCCCUGCGCCUCUCUGAGCCUCCGUCCACUACCCAGUGGACCAACCUCGCAGGGCUAUUGUGCGGAUGAAGCAGAGGCCGGCACAGGGCUUGGCAUAGAGAUGCUCAAUAAAUGUAGGUUCUUUUGUUC